GUAAAACAUUUUGGGAUCGGAGCGUCAAACUCAAAAGGCUCCGUUUUCAAUGGGAGACAACAGCGAUACAGCCACCGCACCGUCGCCGGCGAAAAUUGCCGCACAGGAAGAUGCGCUUCUCAAGCAAUUCUUCGCUGAGGUCAGUGAAGUUGAGCGCGAUAACGAAGUUAACAGGAUCCUUUCAUGCUUCAAGUUGAACCCGUUUGACUAUCUUAACUUGCCAUUUGAUUCAUCCAUCGAUGAAGUGAAAAGGCAGUAUCGUAAGUUAUCUUUGCUUGUUCACCCUGACAAGUGCAAGCAUCCACAAGCAAAGGAGGCAUUUGGCGCUUUAGCAAAAGCCCAGCAGUUAUUACUCGAUCCACAGGAGAGGGAUUAUAUUCUGAACCAGGUUAAUGCAGCGAAAGAAGAGCUGAGAGCAAAGUGGAAGAAGCAGCUUAAGAAAGAUACUGCUUGUAAAUUGAAAUCAUUAGUAACUGAGGGAAAAUUCGACCAAGAGCAUGAGCAAUCAGAAGAAUUCCAGCAUAAGCUGAAGUUGAAGGUUAAAGAAAUCUUGACAGACCAAGAAUGGAGGAGGAGAAAAAUGGCAAUGAGGAUAUCGGAAGAGGAAGGCCGCUUGAAGAAAGAUGAGGAAGAAACAAAAGAGAUGUGGAAAAGGAAGCGUGAGCAUGAGGAGCAGUGGGAAGGAACUAGAGAAAAGAGGGUGUCCAGUUGGAGAGAUUUCAUGAAGGGAGGAAAGAAGGUUAAGAAAGGAGAAAUUCGGCCUCCAAAGUUGAAAACAGAAGAUCCAAAUAAAUCUUACGUUCAAAGACCUGUGAAACGAGGUUAAACACAUGUAACUCAAUUAGUUUUGUUUCAGUGAUGUUAAAAGCUUUAAUUUGCUAUGAAGUGUAAGCUUCACGCCUGUAUCAAUUUGUAUCCAUAGCACAAUUAAUUAUUCUGCAGCAAAAUAUGCUAAGCACCCUGUGAUAGUUCUUUUAACGCCAUUUUGACAUAUACCAUAGAGGUGAAAUAGGAGUCACUAGUAUGGAGUUUCAGUUCUGUAAGUGGAACUCUAUGAUAUUGUCUUGAAGUUUCAUCUAUGGAACUUGAAUCUCCAUUAUAGUA